CCUCCGCUGAGCGUCUCAGAGCACCGCUGAGGAGAAGAAGGAGGGGAGUGUUGUAAGGAGAGCAGCAGGGAGACCCUCAGCAUCAGUCACAGAGGAGCUCUAGAGGAGGAGGGAGAUGAUCGGCAGCCUCUCCGCUGACCUGCUAUCACACACCCAUCAGCUCUGCUUCAUUAUCUCUGUUUCCUGUUACAACUCUCUGGCAACAUGAGCUCCUCGUCUGCCAACCUUCACAGCAAACUCCUGCCCUCUGAGACAGAGCACGGUCAAAGGCUUCCAGAUGUGGACGCAACACAGCAGCUCAAGAUGAGAGAGAGACAGCGGUUCUUUGAAGAGGUCUUCCAGCAUGAUGUGGACGUCUACCUGUCCUCAGCACACCUUUGUAUACGAGACUACAAGAGACCUCCAAUUGGCAGCAUCUCCUCCAUGGAGGUGAAUGUGGACUUACUGGACCAGAUGGAGCUGAUUGACAUCUCAGAUCAGGAUGCGCUGGACGUCUUCUUCAGCUCUGGCGGAGAUGAGGGGGCAAUGACCUCCCCACUGCCAGUCCAAGCUAACAACAACGUCAUCAGUAACGGACUCUUUCGGCACGUUCUUGAGGGCCUCGACGCCAAGCCUCGCUCGUCCUCCACAUCUUCAACCUCUUCCUGCGACAGUCAGACCCCUGACGCCACCGGAGGAAACACUCCUGUGGUCCGGUCUGAUGAUGAGGAAACGCACACAGGCACUCUCAAACGAAGAGAGAAGAGUCAGACUCCGUCAUCUUCAUAGGAGACCACAUUAAAGACUGUCUUCACACAUGGCUCUUAACCUUUCCUUUGAUUUGUGAGUUGUCGGCUGGAGUCUGUGCAUCUUCUGGAGAUAAGAGCCAUGAACUGUAAAUACAAAGAUUUUUGAAUAACUCCUGCGUUUUCAAAUUUGUUUCAGCAUGUGUUGAUGGACUUGCUCCUCUGUUUUUGACCUCACAUGACUUGUAGUUGAUGACCGCUGAUUUUUGUACAGUAUUAACACAACUGAGAACAGUGAACGAGGGACUAGAAAUAAAGUGAUCGUAGUUUUUUAGGAUGAAAUGGUAAGAGAAGGAUCGGAGUCUUUUUUGGUUGUUGUUUAUGCAUCUGAAACAAAUAUGGAAACAUGGUUGUUUACAUUUUGUUUUAAAAAAGAAAAAAAAAACAAUUGAAGUAGGCAUUUUAAAUUGAUUAAGGUUCACUUUUGGAAUUUGGAAGAGAAAAGAGCCAAAUUGACUAUGUAACAGUCAUGAAACUUAGCUUAGUCUUUGGAUGAUAAAGACCUAAAGUGUUUUUGUUUUCUUCAAAAAUUGGUGGAGACCAAAAACUGAGCUAUAAGUGGAUUGAGCUCAUAUUCAUCUGGUGGACACAGGCAUGACCUCAAAUAAGGGUGAUCGGUGUUAUUGCAUUAAUCACAACUGAAUAAGGCCUAUCUUUUUUUUUUGUAAUUAAUCACAUACUUUAUUGUCCCUUCCAGCACACUUGUUAAGCCACUGCAACAUCUCCCUACAGCCAUAGUGAUGUAAAUAGAUACACCACUACACUUUGAUUUCUCAUUUCAUAUUUAAAAAAACAGCUCAGCGGGUAAGUCAAAAGUCAUUUGCACUUGUCAUCAAACAUUUACCUUUUCAGACUUCCUUUAUUUUCUUAUUAAUCUAUCACAAGUUCAUUUUUCUGUGGUCACAUUGUGUCAUAACUUUCAAUCUACCAGUUCCUUUUUUUGUAAAUAAAAGUUGGUCUGUAGCCACACAGGAAAUUCAUUAUCCUUAGAUUAAAAAAAACAUAUCAAAAAUGAAACAGAAACACAACUGGAAUUUCAAAACACCACAGGUCUCAGACACACCAGACCACUUAGCUACUGUGAGACGCCACCUCUAUCAGAACAUAGACAUAAUUGGCUGGGACAAUGCAUUUCCAGUUUUAUUUUUAUUUUUUUGAUUCAGCUUCAUUCAUGAACAAGGCUGGCAGUUACAUUCAUAAAAUACCCAUAUUGCUAACAUUUCAGACUAAGCAAUAUUCAUAUAAUCUGGGAUUAGAUUAUAGACCUGGUUUAGAAGUGGUUACAGGUUCUGUGGCUCACUUUAGCUUUGUUAGCUUUAGCUAGCUAGCUAACAUAGCUAGGCUAGCUAUAUAGUGUGUUCCAAAUCACAUUAGUGCAUAAGUAUGCAGAGUGUGUUCACGCUGAGAAGUUUUGGCUACUCAAAUCCAGAAUACUACCCCGACACUCAAAAUAGCUGAAAAUUGAGUGUGGGAUAAUGGGCACGUAGCUCAUUUUGUACUGUUAGCAUGCUAACGUGCUAACUAAUGGUGUCUGAAAUCACUCUGUAUUACACCAUUUUGUAGUGGUGUCCAAAUUCUGAGCGACGAUGGGUAUACACUAUCUAGUGCACUCAUUCUCUCCCACAAUGCAUUGUGAAAGUAGUGAACAACUUAUGGUCACUAGUCCAGCAAUAUUCAGCAAUACAUGCAUCUUGAUUGCUGCUCUCAAAUAUGACGGACAAAUGAGAGGAGCACAAGAACACAGAUCAGCACAUUUUUUAAAGGCUUUUUUUGUUUGUUUGGUUUUAAUCAAAGUAUUUAAUCUGUAAGAAAGUGUUAGGGAUUCAAAGACAAGUUACUUCUUUACCCCCAUGAUGAUUACAAGACAUAAUGAGACCAUCAUCCUUAUACAAAAGUAAGUGACAAAACACAAAAAAUAUUUAUAACUAUUUUACCACAAAAGUCACAAAACGUUUUAAAUAUAAGUAUUUUUUAAUUUUUGUCAAAAUCUGUAUCAUUUAGUAUCAGUUUUCAGUGUAAUUCUACCUUUAAUUUUGAUCCCAAGCUGUUGUCAUUGAUAUCUAUGAGCCAUUGGUACUCAACGUUUUAACUGUGAGACAGUGAUGAUGUCAUUGUCCGCGGCCGGAGUAGUGUUUGAAAUAAUUUGUGUUUUGGCAGAUGAGUCCACUAUUAAGUCCACUAUGCUGCUCAAUAUAUAGUGGGUAGGGAUUAGGGAAUGAAUGUGUGGUUUCGGACACAGUCAAUGUUAGCAUUUGCUGGCUAGCUAACAUGUCAUUAGCAUUAGCAGCACAUUUCAAUUUUAUUUUCCUUAUGGAACAAAUUUAAGCAUGACAUACACAUUAUAUGAAUUCAAGAGAGUUAAAACAACCAUUACUUCCUGUUGAAAAAGAAGUAGAAGAAGAAAACAGAAGCAGUAAACCGCUGUCAACUCUUUUCAGUGAAAAAAUAUUAGUGCACAGUUUGAGACAAUUCUGACCCUCUGUAAUAAAGUGCUCUGUACUGCAUUUGACUGUACUGUCUUACAGUAUACUUACAGAAAUAUGCCAUUUGAGACACAGCGACCACCUCUUGUUGUAAACGAUGUUGCUAUGUUAGAUUUAGCUUUAGCAAGGUGGGCUUUAGUAGUUUUGUCAGCUGUAUAGUUGAUGUAGCUAUGCAGCUUAUGUAAAGCAUAUGUAGCUAAGAAGUUAAUGCAAGCAACGUAGCUACAUAUGUUUUAGCAAACCUAGCAUAAGCUAACAAGCUUCGUUAGCUUUAGCCUAAGCUAUAUUAUCUGCGUUUGCAUGUUUUUUUUAAUGGAGAAUAAGAUUUUUCCUACAUGCAUACUGUUCACUCAGCUUUAUUAAACUUGUUGAAGUUAGGUUUUGAAAGUCAGAUUUUUGAGUUUUAACUUCCCUUAUCUUUAACCCUUAAAGUUUUGGGUGCAUUGCCAUUCUGACAUGCAUCUCACAGUAGUGGUAUGUUGCAGUGGCUUAGCCAAAGUGUGCGGAGAUCUGCGAUCUACAGCCAGACUGUCUUGACAUUUAAACUACUUGUAGGAUAUAUAUGUGGUGCUAGUGGUCUAGAGAAUGACUUCAGUUUGCUCUCUGUGUGAUUGGGGCCAGAGAAAACCACUGAGUCUUGCCUGUAUUCAUCUGCAGGAAAUUAUAGUUUAUCCAUUUCUUACUGGUGGCAAAGCACCACUGAACUGUGCAGAUGGCUGAUGUUAUCUUGGGUUGUGUUAUCUAACCUAUAUGACAAGUAUGAUUGUGUGUCAUCAGCAGAAUAGUUAACCUUGCAAAGCAGAUGGAUACGCCCGUUUCCUUGUUUUUCACUGGCGAAUCCAUCUUUCAAAGCUCCCGUCUGAACCGUUUGGGCCUGGUUAGACA